CAAGAAUGAUGGCGUUGAAUUCUUCUCUUUCAUGAAAGGUCUAUCAAGUGCUUUUUUGGAUCGUAUGCUUUAUCUAAUAGCAGAGCAUCGAAUUUACCAUGGGACAGCAACUUUCGCAAUCUGGGGGCGGUGGAGCUCUGUCGGAGACUUCGAGAUUGUUUCCAGAUCCUGAGGAGGAAGUCAAUCAUGACGGCUGUUUUCCGCCUCAUGGAGUUCGUGACUUGUGUCCAGCGAACCCGCAUGCGGGACUGCCUGUUUAUAUUACCAUUCAUAGGUAUAGCUUUCCAAAUCAGGAAUAACCAUCCCUUGUGAGUUACCACACUAACAUGUUUCGUGAAUAGAAUUCGGAGGGACAUCAUCGCCGCCAUAGGUUCGUAACAUUCCCUUUCGAGUUAUGAAUUAACUAUAUUCUAACACUUUGUUAGAUGAUCCUUAUAGCAUUGAGCAGCUUCGAGACCCCCGGAUGAAUUUGUCUGUGGUGAGGCCGCUUGUGGACACACUUUAUGACCUGAAUGAUGUGUCCGUUGGUACGUGCAGUCUAUUUCAUUUGUAAUUGUUUUAUAAUUGAGCUGUCAAACCAACCUGCAUGGUGGAAGUUUUCAUGGCUUAGUUCAUGACGUCCUCCUCGAUUCCAUACUAAUUGACCCGCAACACUCAUCAACAAUGUCUAAAUUCUAAGCUGUCCGCGAAUUUUCAAUCCUUUCAGUCAUCCCCUUUUGCAUUUCUGAAUUAUCUUCAAAUUGCACAUCUGCUAUUUAGCUCUUGCCAUCUAUUCACUAUCUCUUCCUUAUAUCCUCCUAAAUAUGCACAUUGUCGUAGUUUUAUUCGGGAUGCUUUCAAUCACACCCCAUAUUAUACUUAUCAUUCAAAGUUUUGUCUACUGACCUCCAUAGUUUAUUGCUUGUUGGUGAACAGAGUCCAGUUUCAAACUGAGCAACAAGCACAACCACACCAGCAAAGUGUAUGCGCAACACGCGCUUUACUCUGCGAACUCCUCGCGAGCCGAAUUCUAAGACGUUUCAAUGAGGACAACCCCGGAGUACAGGGUCUAUUACUUUUAGCCCAUAUUCUUGUGGGUGCUUUCGACCCGUUCCAACAGGCACCGCAAGAAGUAUUAGAAUCAAGUAACCACGGGAGCCUUUCAUUUUCGGUUCAGUCACGCACUGGGUAUCAGAGAAAACUCCCGGCCUUGGAGAUUGCUAUCGUUUCUGAGAGCAAGAUAUUCCUCUGCUCUUCAGCGUGCCAGAAGGUGGUUCAGGCCAUUUAUGAAGGGCGUGUAAUUUAUACGCCUACAUCUUUCAUCGACAUAUUGCCGGAUCACUACAAGCAGAAACCUGUGUCUCUAUACAAUCCACGAAAGGCCCCAAUCUUCAAUCAAUACCGUCUUAUUGUUCCAAGGACCAGAAAUAUUCUGGAGAUCCUCCAGUUUAUGGUUCUAUUGGCCUUGUAUAUUUCUGUUAUGGCCGACCGGGAUCCUUCCAAGUUUGGGACACUUGAGGUAGUCUUCAUCGUUUACACAUUCGGAUUCUUGCUUGAUCUUUGUUCCACUAUUCUGGAACACGGUACUACCCGCCCUUUCUGAAAGUGAUAUAUAAUGCCGCUGCCUCGCUAACGGAACUCAGGUUGGCGUGUUUAUACCCAGAACUUAUGGUCUUUCCUUGAUGUGACAUUUGCCGUUAUUUUUGGUAUAUACUUUACCUUGCGUAUGCACGGGCUUCGUGUUGGGGAACUCGUGCCAGGACAACAAGCCAUGGACGUCUUAGCUAUGGGAGCUCCAGUCCUUGUUCCUCGGCUAGCUUUCAAUAUCAUGUCUGAGAACAUUCUAUUUGUCUCUCUACGAGCUAUGAUGAGAGAUUUUACUGUGCUUACCGUCCUAGCGGUUUGGUGUUUUGCCGGAUUCUUACUCUCAAUGUCCUGGCUUGCUGAAGGAGCACAUGAGACGAUUACCAUCUCGAAGUGGAUGCUCUGGGUAUGGUUUGGACUUGAUGGGACAGGAAUCCAGAGAUCAACUGAGUUCCAUUGGAUUCUUGGUCCCAUACUUAUGAUCGCCUUUGCCUUCCUCGGCAACACACUUUUUCUUACCAUUCUGGUGUCCAUGCUGAGUACCACUUUCUCGAACAUUGUGGCCAAUGCGAAUGCAGAGAUCCAAUUUCGGAGAGCCGUUCUCACACUGGAGGGGGUCAAGUCAGAUGCCAUCGUAUGUUACCCCCAGAAACUUUUCGCUUUGGCUUGACUCCUACGAUGUUGGACACAGCUAAUAAUCCAUAGUUCGCUUAUCAACCACCGUUCAAUCUAUUGGCCGUUAUCAUUCUCAUCCCGUUGAAAUUUAUGGUCACACCAAGAUGGUUUCACAAAGUCAAUGUAACCGCUGUCAAGGUUCUGAAUGCCCCCGUACUCCUCAUAAUCGGCUAUUUCGAACGUCGCUGUCUCUGGCCUAGAACCAAGCGUCCCAACGAUCCCGAGCAACUACCCAAAACCAAAGCCCCACCAAAACGACCCUGGGAUCUCACGAGGGGAUUUUCCGUUCACGGCGACAUCGAGAGAGUCUUCGAUACGGAACCUCCUCAAGAAGUAGAAGAUGAAAUCGCAAACGAUGAUGAUAUUGCCCAUGUCGGACACGCAACAUUCGCUUUAGCAGAGGAGUUUGAACGAGAAUUCGGACCAGAUGCCGCGGGUGGACGUAUCAAGAAGAUCAGUCGGAAGGAUCGAAGAGAUAGUGUGGCUCCGUUUGCGGGCAUGGUGAGACAGUUGAGUAAUAUGAGUGAUGACGACGCUGGGAGUUCAAAAGCGGAUAUCAAAAGUCGACUUGCUGCUUUGGAGAAAAGCACGAUGCGGAUUGAGAGGAUGCUGGGAAGGCUGUGUGCGGGUAUGGAUGAGGAGUUGGGGAGGAAUAGAAGUGAUAGUGACAAUGAUGACGGCGAUGGAGAUGAUGAGGUAGACACGUUGGAGGAUACUGAUGGAAGUGUUUUGAAUAGUACGUAGAGAGACCAGCGAUUAAAAUGGGUUGUUUUUGCAAAGAGGUGUUCAAAAUGUGAGGUAGAAAUAGCUCAAGCCAUCUAUCUCCGGUAGCAAGCAAGGGACAAGGGCAUUUUCCGCCAUUGGCUC